AUGGGGUGCGCCCGGGGGCUUUGCACUGCCGAGAAGAUAUUCAUAUUCAUCAACAUCGCCUUCGCGAUGUACGCGGGGGCGCUCCUGGCGACCGCUGCCCGCCUGGCGUGGGACCCCAGCACGUAUACCUGGUUCCGCUUCUUCUGCGCCGCCCAGUACCGGGUGUCUUCAGCGUACGUGCUGGCGGCGGGGCUGUGGUUGGCCGCGCUCGUCUACAUCGCGGCGGCGGCGCGGCGCACCACCUGCCUCCACAUAUACGCGGGGGGAGUGGCGUGCCUUGCCCUGAGCGAGGUAGCGUACGGAGCGUGGAUGGCGGCAUCCCUCGCGGCGUGGUGGCGCACCGCCCCGCAGGCCGAGUUGGCGCGGCGCGCAAUGGACCUCAUGCACGACCUGAAACCCGCCCUUCUAGCGGUCGAGCGGUAUAGGGACAUCGCCCGGCCCCUCUACGACAUCAUCGAGGAGGUAGAGAGGGAAGCGCCUAACAACGCUGUGGUGAUCGUUAUCUUCGGUGCCUUCGGGAUGGUGUUGCAGAUAGCCGCAUUCGUGAUGGCCCGCCGUUUGGCGCGCAGACGGGCAAACGAGGCGCGGGGGCAGCGGGGCUGCGCGAGCGAGACGGAGCUAGAGAAGCCGUCGUGCGCGCCAGAAGAGGACAGCGAUAGCGACGCCGCGCGCGAGCCGCCGCCCGGCUGGCGGAAGAAGGCCAACCUGCGGAUGUAUACAAUACUCGACAAGAUUUUC